CCUGCGAGCGGGCGCGCGCGCGUUCUCGGGAGCGCAGGAAACAGGGUGCGCGCUAUGGAGAGGCGGUUAGCUGAGUUCCGGGAGGCCCGGAAGCGAGCCGGGCUGGCGGCCGAACUCAGCACUUCGAGGCAGCGUGCACAAACCUCGGGAGAGAAGGCGGAAGCAGCUGCGACUCCAAAGGCAGCCCCAGGCUGGCUAAAACGGUUCCUGGUGUGGAAACUGAGGCCCGCGAGUGGCCAGGCCCAGCCCAGCCUCGCUCAGGGAGUGGCUCGGCCCGGGGGCCGCGCAUCACAGCCACCGGGGAAUCCAGCCGAGCCUCCGCCGGCCCCGCCCCGGCAGGACCAGUCUCUCCUGACCAACAUCACCUUCUUGAAGGUGCUCCUCUGGUUGGUCCUGCUGGGACUGUUUGUGCAACUGGAAUUUGGCCUGGCCUAUUUUGUCCUGUCCCUCUUCUAUUGGAUGUAUGUGGGGACACGAGGCCCCGAGGAGAAGAUGGAGGGGGAGAAGAGCGCGUACUCCGUGUUCAACCCGGGCUGCGAGGCCAUCCAGGGUACCCUGACUGCCGAGCAGCUGGAGCGCGAGCUGCAUUUGCGACCCCUGCAGGGGAGAUAGGACCAGCCCUGCUGUCGGCUGGCCUCCCAAGGUCCUUUCACCCCUGGGGCACCGACUUGUGUGUUUGACUGACAGCUUGCGGGUCAGUUCUGUGACCCUGCAGUUCCACACUCUUUCCCCCCGAUCUCCUGCUGCAGUUUUAUAUCAGAACUUCUUUUUGGUCUUGGUGAAACUCCCCGGAAGACACUCACUGUGGGUCUGAUGCAAUUUAUAAAAAUUACACGCUUAAGAAAGGAGACCUGUUUGUCUCUUUAUUUGAGAGAGGUGAUUUUUAGAGCACCAAGAGGGCAUUGGGAAGAUAACUGUUUAAAAUAUCCAGCUGUUUGAAGUAAUCGUUUGGUACAUCAAGACUGUAUAAAAUAAAUAUUCUCUUUAAAUCUUUUUUAAAUCAAUUUAUUUUUCAUUGAAGUAUAGUUGAUUUAUAAUGUGUUAGUUUCACGUGUUCAGCAAAAUGUUUCAGAUAUAUAUUCUUUUGCAGAUUCGUUUCCCAUA